GGAGCGUGGCCGCUUUUUCAGCCGGGUCCUUUCCGAACUCCUCUCGCCGCCGUCGCCGUCACCGCCGACCUCCUCCCUUCGCCGGCGCGGCGCCUCCCUCUCCGUCCUCCUCCUAUACAGGUGCUGCUAUCUGGCACCACUCUCGCCGACUGGACCUGGCGGCCUGCCCAAGCUCGACAAGUAGGUUUAUUAUCCAUUGCUUGUUCAAGCUGAGUCAUGGAAUGCUUGCAGCAAUGAGCACAGCCGUGGAUGCUUCAUUACCUGUCGCCGAGCAGGAGGAUGGUACUGCGAAUAUGUUGGGUGGGAAGAAAGUUGCAGUUGUAUUUGUUCUAGGUGGUCCUGGAAGUGGAAAAGGUACACAAUGUAGCAAUAUUGUGGAGCAUUUCGGAUUUACACAUCUUAGUGCUGGAGAGCUGUUGCGCUCAGAAAUCAAGUCUGGUUCUGAGAAUGGAACCAUGAUUGACAGCAUUAUAAAGGAAGGGAAAAUUGUUCCAUCUGAGAUAACCGUAAAGCUCUUGCAAGAAGCUAUGAUAAAAAGUGAAAAUAACAAAUUCCUCAUUGAUGGAUUUCCAAGGAAUCAAGAAAACCGUCUGUCAUUUGAGAAUGUUAUAAAAAUAGCUCCUGAGUUUGUGCUAUUCUUUGACUGUUCUGAGGAAGAGAUGGUAAGACGUCUUCUGGGUCGAAAUCAGGGACGAGCUGACGAUAACAUUGAGACUAUCAGAAAAAGAUUCAGAGUUUUUGAAGAAUCAAGUUUGCCUGUAGUUCAGUACUAUGACUCUAAGGGCAAGGUUAAGAAGAUUAAUGCUGCAAAACCAAUCCCUGAGGUGUUUGAAGAUGUGAAAACCAUUUUUCAGCCUUAUGGCUCAAAGUAUGUUCUUCUCAAUCAGGCCGCAUAGAUGCGCUCAUGCGAAAAAUAUGUGGUUCACUAAAUUGGUGACCCCAGAAGUACCGAAGGAAAAGGCUGGAGUUCACGGCGCGCUACGCUGCCAGCAUGCCACUAGAUAAUCAUUAAUUGUUUGAUUUAAAAGUAUUUUGGAUAUUUGUUAGCAAGUAGAGAGGAACUGGAGCACAUAUCAGUUUACCUGCCAUCCCAUUUGGUACUAUCGUCAAAUUAUGUAGUCUUUCUGGACAUGGUGAAGGACAUCUUGUGAGAAAAAAAGGAUUGCAAUUAAUUAUUUGGCCUCA